UCUAAAACCCUUCACUCCCCAAGGCAGCCUCUCUCCUCCUCCCCCAAAAAAUGGCAGCCCACUUUCCUUGUUUCUCUCUCCUCCUCUCCCAAAAAUGAACACUUCCGCCCUCCAACUCAACCAUAACCCGAUCUCAUUCACCGGGUCAACUCACUACAACCUUAACAAAACACCCUUUCUUUCUAGACCUUCUCGUCUUUCUAGAACCUUUCGAAAGUCCGAUCUGCCGCCGUCGUCCAAUGUGUAACUGAGCCGACUCGUGAGGCAGUGAGUCCAACCAUGCAACCACCAAACCCACCAACCCACAAACCUCUUGUCUUUCCUCGACUCAAGCCGACGCCGCGCAACCACCACCACCUCUACCAAAAGCUGAUGCCGCGCCAUUAGCACCUCCAAUUAUUCUACUCUCUCUCCUCCCCUGCUACUGCAGUUCGUACUUCAAUUUUUCUUCCUCAAUCCGAUUCCAAAAGUUCAAUUUUUUUCAAACCAAAUCUUCGUUCAUAUCAACCCAUGUUGAAUGAUAAACGAAAUUUCUCUGUAAAAAUUGAUUCAUCAUCAAAUUCACCAAAUGGGUCUCAUGUUUCUCCUUCUUUUCAGGGAUCAGAAUCAUUUUUCAGAAAUGUGCUGCAAAGAAUGGAGACUGUCUAUUUGAACAGGAAUCCAACGGCGAAACAGGUCUUGGAACUUGUUCAUUCAGCAGGAAAUGAUAGGAUUUGUUAUGAUCAUUUCGCCUUUCGUACUUUUGGGGUGGAUGGUCAUGGUAUCGAUUCAAUGGCUAAGGUCUUUCUUGAUUUUGGGUACAUCCAGAAGGAUGAGCUGAGAUUUCCUGGAAAGAAAUUGAAAGCUUAUUGGUUCUCCCCUCCCACUGUUUCCUAUGAAGAAGGCAGUGGUGUCAAUGGACCUUUGCCUAGGGUGUUUAUUUCCGAACUUCUUGUAGAUCAGAUGAGUUCUGAAGCUCAGGAAAUAAUCAGAAAGUACACUGGAAUUUCAGGAAAUGGAAGUAACUAUGCAGCUCUUGCCAGUGCACACGGGUCAUUGACCUGGGAGAAACCCUUGCAUUCCGAAUUUCAGCAAUUAGCAAGAGAAAGCGAAUAUGCUGCAUGGACACUAGUUAAUGGAUAUGCCUUGAAUCAUGUCACUAUUUCUACUCACCAACUGAAGUCUAAUUUGAAUAACAUCAAUCGCCUGAAUCAGUUCAUUGAAGAGAAUGGAUUCAAGCUGAAUUCUGAAGGAGGGACUUUAAAAGUUAGUCCUGAUGGUUUCCUGCUGCAAAGUUCAACAGUAGCUGAUUCAGUGCCUUUCGAAUUCUCCGAUGGUACGAAAGAAUCAGUUCCAUGUUCAUACAUAGAGUUUGCUGAAAGGCUUGUGCUUCCUGAGUACAAAAAUGUACCUGAUGAAGAGGUCAAGGAGUUCCAUCGACGUGAUGGGUUUGAAGUUGGCAAUGCUGAUAAGAUAUUUGAGAGCACAUCCAUGGAGCAACUGACUCGAAACGCUGCUUAGAAAAAUGUGACUUUGAUAAAGUAUAAUAUACUUCGUACUUUGUAUGUACAUAGGGGGUGAUAUUUUGAAUAAUGACAUGAUAUAAGACAUUUCUAAUCCAAUUACUAAAACCAAAUAGGAGCUCUUCUGAACAUUAGUAAAACUUUCAACACUAUCAAUAUUACAGUUGGAUGAAUUAAAAUUGGGCGUUGAAGGUUCCAAA